GUACAUGUGGAACUGUGUGGCUAAGUUGAAUAGCUUAUAUAUUAGUUAAGUUUAUUUUCGGUGUGUCCUGUUGUCUGUGGUUGGAUAUCAGAGUGCAUGUGGUGCGUCUUUUCGUUCUUAGUGAAACUAUAAAGAAGAACUUUGCUAUUAAAUGCUGUCAGUUAGCCUUCUGCUAAGAGCAGCCGACAAGCUAACAUCAACAGCUAGUUGACACAGCAACGUUAGCCAGCAGACACUGGUCCUCACUGCUCUGAGCAGAUGGCUGAUGAAAGCGUUAAAAGUGAAGCUUCAGCCCAGCAGGAGAAAGAGGAUAGAGAUAACGGGAGCAGUCAGAAGACAGAGAGCCGUCAUGGAGAAAACCAAACGGUGUCCAAAAGGCAAAGGAAGAAGCUUCUGAAGCAGCAGAAAUGGGAAGAGGAGACAGACCUACGGAAGCAGAAACGGAAGGAGAAGAAGAAGCAGCGUCGGCAGCAGAGGCACGACCAUCAUCAUCAUCAUCAGGAGGAGGAGGAGGAGGGAGGAGAGGCCCAGAACGCCAGGAAACGUCUACGCAGAGAGGUGACGCCCAGCUCACUGAGGCUGGUGGUGGACUGCAGCUUCGACAACCUCAUGCUCAUCAAGGAUGUCCGGAAGCUUCACAGACAGGUCCAGCGGUGCUAUGCUGAGAACAGACGCGCCUUGCAUCCAGUGCAGUUUUAUCUGACAAGCCUAGGGGGGCAGCUGAAACAGAGCAUGGACGAGAAGGACAAAGGAUGGGUCAACUGGAAGGACAUCACCAUUAAAACGGAGCACUACAGUGAAGUUGUGGCACAGGAGGAGUUGGUGUACCUGACGUCAGACUCUCCCAACGUGCUGGAAGAGCUGGACCACAAAAAGGCCUAUGUGAUAGGAGGCCUGGUGGACCACAACCACCACAAGGGGAUCACGUUUGAGAGGGCGAAGGAGCUGGGGAUCGAUCACGCUCAGCUUCCUCUGAGCAAUUUUGUCAAGAUGAACAGUCGGAAGGUUCUGGCAGUCAACCAUGUGUUUGAGAUCGUCCUGGCUUACCUGGAGAAAAGCAGCUGGCAGGAGGCCUUCUUCACCGUCCUGCCUCAGAGGAAAGGAGCGGUGGCCGUCAGCCAGGACGGAACAACUGUUCAGGCAAAAGAAGAGGAAGAUUCAGACUCUGACCCCGACACACCAGACCAGACUGAGAAAAGAACCUCAACGUAGUUCAAAUGGACAACUUCAAACAAAGUUCACAACGUGUGGUUAUAUUGACGCUGAGGCUAUGCUCCCAAGAGGGAUGUUUCUGUUAACAAAGCAUCUGUUUCGUUGAAAUUUCAAAAUGCUUUUUUUUUUUUUUUUUUUAAACCAGCUAUUUAUUUAGUUUUACUUUGUGCCUCCUGUAAUGGGUGAAAAUUGAGUUGAACAGCUAAUGGACAUUUCAGUUUUGCAUGUUUUUUUGGCUGAAUAUACAGUUAUCAUUACAGAAAAUAAUUUAUAAAUCAAUCGUUUAGUUUUUUCAUUUUUAACGAAAAGAUUUAAAGCAAACCAAAGUCAACACAUGACCAUUGUCACCGGCCCUGGAAUUCUGGGAAUAUUCUGGGAUUUUUGAGAGUACAGUCGCACAACCUGCACAGGAUCAAAAGAGACUCUGAGGUAGACCCGGUGCUGACCAGAAGGCACCGGGUGAACCAGUAGUAUACAUUCUGACUUUAUGAAAUGUGAUGAGUCGAGAGUGUUGUAGAAGAAUCUCUGCAACCUCACCACUAGAUGCCACUAAAUCCUGCACACUGCUCCUUUAAGGCAACACCUGCAUUAUGACUUGGUCUGGAGGCGCUGUUGUAAGGCCUUUAUUAUUUCAGUGUAUAUAUGUAGUGCUUACAUGUUGCAUAAUUUAAAAGGAUUUAAUAAUUAUGACGUGAUGCAUGCACAGAGAGGACAUUAGGGGCUCCAGAGUGGGCUAAUCUGGCCCUGCAUACAAGUAGAGCAACAGAACCAGCUACAUGAUGCUGCCUUGUAUGCCAUCAGAAUACAUUGAACAGUGACAGAUAUGGGGAGAUGUUUGACAUGAAAUUAAAAGCUACAAUGAAAUGAA